UCACUCAUUAUUCGCUGUAUCUUUGGCUUGUUGCCUUAUUUCUUUUUAUUAUUAUUUUUUUAGUGGAUUUUAGCUUCCUCUCGUUUUAGAUUGUAUUUUAAUUUUAAAAGUUUACUUAUAGUAUUGUGGUCCAUAUUAAUUGCUUGUUUUGUGGUGAUAAAAAAAGGAUAAUAUGAUUAUUUACUUUGCAAUUAUUAUUAUAACUGUAGUAGUUCUAUUAGCAUAUAUAUUAAAUACUUCAUUAGAAAAGAAAACUGUAUAUAAGAAUUUGCAUCAAAAACAUGUUGUUAUCACCGGUGGCUCUAGCGGCAUAGGAAAAGCGGCAGCUAUAGAAGCAGCUAAAUUAGGAGCACAUGUUAGCAUUAUAGGUCGCAAUGUGGAUAAUUUGAAGUCAACAGUCAGUGAAAUUAUAACUCAAUGUUUAGAUAAAAACGCCCAAAAAAUACAAUAUGUUUCAUUAGACGUUACAUCAGAUUAUGAUACCAUAGCAAAAUGUUUAUCGACUCUGGAAAACGAUAUCGCACCCAUAUUUAUGCUAGUGAAUUGUGCCGGAAUGUGCAUUUGUGGGAAGUUUGAAGAAAUGAAAGUGGAAGAUAUAAAACAAAUGAUUGAUCUUAAUUACUUUGGAACAGCUUACUCAACUAAGUAUGUUUUACCUGGUAUGAAAAAGAGAAAUGAAGGUGUUAUUGUUUUUGUUGCUUCAGAAGCAGCGUUCAUUGGAAUUUACGGCUAUAGUGCAUACAGUGCAGCUAAAUGGGCUUUGCGUGGUUUAGCAGAAGCAAUUCAAAUGGAGUUAGUGGGUACUGCGGUCAGGUUGACAGUAUCAUUUCCGCCCGAUACUGACACACCUGGCUUAAAGAAUGAAGAAUUGACAAAACCAAAAGAAACUAAGCUCAUCUCUGGUACUGGAGGUUUGCAUUCACCACAGGAAAUUGGCAAGAAACUUAUCCAUGAUGCAAUGGUUGGAAAAGUAUAUUCUGUAUACAGUAUGUCUGGAAGACUGCUAUCAAUUUUGUUUGGUGCAUCUGUUGAAAGUACUACACAAGUUUUAAUACAGGUAUUUUCUAUGGGAUUACUUAGAGCUGUAAUGGUAAAUUUUAUUAUGACUUUCAAUAAGAUUGUUAAAGAUGGUUUUACUGAAAAACAUAAAAAAGAAGAAAAUAAAAAUAAAUAAUUUGUUUUUAUACCCACUGCUGCAUGGAUUUAUGUAUAAAUUUAUUAAUGUAUAACUAUAAUGAUGUAUACUCACACACAUGUAUCACAUAUUAUAAUAAAAUGUAUUAAUCCAUAGCUUGAUUUUUGUAAGGAAAAAUUUGUGGUUAUAAUGUCUAUCAAAGAUUCUUUGUUAUAAUAAUAUAUGUUCUUUAGCUUGUUAGUAUGGGUGGCAAAUAUAUUUUUGUAUGAAGAUUAUUGUAUAUAGUUGUAUAACAACUAUUCUUAAAAAAUUAAUACAUCUAAUAUAAUUGAAAUGAAUAAGCAUUUAUUCAUAUUUCACAUUUGAAAAAUAAUGGUACUCAAUAAUUUUUAAAUGUGAAGUAAAGCUAUAGGAUACUCCAGGUAAUGUAGCUGUUCUCCACAUUACUAGCUCCAAGUUAUUAAUGUUAACACAAAUUUUAAAUUAAAUGUUGUUUUCUACAUAUCUUAUGCAAAAGUAAAAUAUUUUUAUUGAAAUAUGAAUGAUUAUAAAUUAUCCUAUGGGAAAACAUUGUAAUAUGUUAUUAGUAAAUAUCAAAACACCUUCAUAAACUUGUUGUUACCAUAUAUAUUUAUGUACAGAGCAAAGGAUUUGUAGAAAGUCUAUUUUAUGUAAUAUGUUACACAACUGAUUGUAAUUCAGCAGUUGCAACUUCUUUAUGAGUUUUAUUGUUUAGUGGUGCGUAAAACAAGUAGAUACUGAGGUAACCAAUUAUCAAUAUAUGCUCUAAUUUUACUAGUAAUACCUAUACCUUCUGCAACAUUGUUUAACAAAAUUAUGAUUUCUUAUUUAACAUAACUGGUAUACAUUCAAUGUUCUACUCAGAUUAGAAUUUGAGUUAUUAGUGCUAUCUAUAAAGUAGAACACUCACUAUUUGGACAGAAUACUUACGUCAUUAUUAUUGUAUCUACUUAAAAUUACAUGUAUAAUUAUAUAAAUAUGAACAAUUUAUAAUCAUCAAUAUCAUUUCUGUAAUAUUUAAUGGUUCCCAGUCUGCACCAUCUGCAGCCACUACUUCCUUGACACACAUUUGAGACCAUCACUCCAACUAGCGGGGAUCACCUAUAUUGAGAUUAUCUGUACGGGGUUGUCACUCGAAUGUUUCCACUACAAGUACUAACUCAGUUCAGUAUUUAUAUAAAGCUACCAACUAAACCAAGGUGACCAAAGAUAUUUUAUGUGCGGCUGUUUUAUUUAACUAACUUGCUAACAAUUCUUGUAGAAAGAGAUUGAAACUGUCAGUUUCAUGAUUUUAGAUUUACCAUUCGCCAGUUUAGUUACAAACCAUAUCAUUCGACUGGUAACUAAAACUGUUAAAAAUCCCAAUAAGGACAAAAUAAACUUAAAAUAGUCUAUGGUCUAUUUCAAUAGAAUUUAAUGAAAAGUUAAUAAAAUUUUAUAAAUUGUUAAGGAAACACUAAAUGAAAUUUAGCAUCAAAUUUCAAUAAGUAUUCAAACCAUCAAUCCAUUUUUUAUUUGUAUUACUAUUGAACAUCAGAACAUUACAUUUUGGUCGAGUAAAUUAUUAAUUUAUUUACAUUUUAAUUAAAUUCCAUUGAACUCCAUUACUUCUCUAAUUGCAAAAUGGCCACAUUCCAUCAGAUUUAAUAAAACUUAGUUAAAUAAUCCAGCCGCUGUGUUCGUUAUUCCUAAUCAUACUUAUACUACCUAGUCACAACUAAUAUUAGGAUAACAAAAUAAACAUGACUGUGGUUUGUGGCUUAGACUGUAGCUCACCGAUUUGCCUCUGAUGUAUUAUUAUAUAUAAAUAGUUGAAAAACGUCAUUUAGCAUAUGUGUAUUUAGUAUUUUUCUAGGGGGCCCGGGCUUUUAAAAAAAGCAUGUAUGCUAUCUCAGAUAAUGUACCUUCUUUGUGCAUAGCUGGAAGCUCUUGCUAAGAUCCUGAGUAAGGCAUCAGACAAUUCUGAGGUGAGCACAGUCCAUACGGCCCUCCACGAUAAACGCCUAUGUUGUUUAAGUAUCUAAAUAUUAUUGUGAAAAUGAAUUUGUCUAUCUAAAAUAUAAGGUUUUUUGUGCCUUAUUCUAUUAAUUAUAAUUAAAUAUAUUAAAAUGAUUAUCAGUUAAGUAAUGUUAAUUUGUAAUUAUAAAUAAAACAUUCCUUAUAUUAGU